UAUUUUACAUUUUCAAAUCUCGGAGAUGGCAUCUGCGGUGCCGGCGACGGCGACGGCGACGGCGGGGCAAGAGUUGUCGAACCCUCCUUCGGACGGCAUCUCGAACCUCCGGUUUUCGAACCACAGCGAUCACCUGCUGGUGUCUUCGUGGGAUAAGAGCGUGCGGUUGUAUGAUGCGAGCGCCAAUGUGCUGAGAGGAGAGUUCAUGCACUCUGGCCCCGUCCUCGAUUGCUGCUUCCACGACGAUUCCUCCGGCUUCAGUGUCGCCGCCGACAAUACUGUUAGACGGCUUGUAUUCAGCUCCAAUAAAGAGGAUAUUCUGGGAAGGCAUGAUGCACCUGUUCGUUGUGUUGAGUAUUCCUAUGCCGCAGGGCAGCUGAUCACUGGUAGCUGGGACAAAACCCUGAAAUGUUGGGACCCUAGAGGUGCAAGUGGCCAAGAGCGCACGCUAGUUGGGACAUAUCCACAACCUGAGCGUGUUUACUCUCUCUCACUGGUUGGACAUCGUCUGGUUGUAGCGACGGCUGGAAGACAUGUUAAUAUUUAUGAUUUGAGGAACAUGUCUCAACCUGAGCAACGUAGAGAAUCUUCACUAAAAUAUCAAACCAGAUGCGUGCGCUGUUACCCUAAUGGAACAGGAUAUGCACUUAGUUCUGUUGAAGGCCGGAUUGCAAUGGAAUUCUUUGACCUGUCUGAGGCUAGCCAAGCAAAAAAAUAUGCUUUUAAGUGUCACAGAAAAUCAGAAGCUGGUAGGGACAUCGUCUAUCCUGUAAAUGCAAUUGCAUUCCACCCCAUAUAUGGUACAUUUGCCACGGGAGGUUGUGAUGGCUAUGCUAAUGUAUGGGACGGAAACAAUAAGAAGAGGCUAUACCAGUACUCAAAAUAUCCUACAAGCAUUGCAGCACUUUCGUUUAGCAGAGAUGAACGCCUCUUGGCUGUUGCAUCAAGUUACACAUUCGAAGAGGGGCCUAAACCCCACGACGAACAAGAUGCUAUUUUUGUUCGCAGUGUAAACGAGAUUGAGGUCAAGCCAAAGCCAAAAGUCUAUCCCAAUCCUCCAGCGUGAUUCGUGAAGGCCAUUUUGAAAAUGGAAGUUUUUUUUUUUUUUCU